AUGAAUUUCCACAGUCUUUCGCCUCGGCGAAGAAAGCAGCAACAGCAGCAACAACAACAGCAGGCUCCUCCCCAAGGGAGACCUCUCCAAAAGAACCCAAGAAACAUGAUGCCUAUGAAUGCGCCUCAGAAAGCUCCUCCUCCAAGAAUGCCUGUCGAUCCACGUAAGAUGAUAGUGGACCAGAUCAUCAGAGAUUGCUACUCCAAGAUUAUUGUCAGUGAGGGCCGUAAUGUUCCUGAAAUCAGGUAUAAUACCCACCUUAACAUUAGAGAGUAUUCACUGUACCCACAACUGCCUCCUCCUUCGGACAUUCCGCCUAGUCAGGUUGGUGCUAUUAAGAAUCGUAUUUUGGUUGUUGCCACCAAGAGCUCCGGCAGAGUGCUUCUCCAGAAGGGUAAAUACAACGAUGUGAAACACAUUUAUCAAAUAGGACGUACUUGGGAUUUGGACGAGCUCCAGGGCAUUACGAGAACUGGUCCUGACUCUUUGGUUUUGCAAUUGAACAAGAAUUAUUACUGGAAAUCGGGUGAAGGUCCUGACCGCAUGAUGAAGUUUGUUCACCAUUUAUCGCAGAUCUACACGAAAUUCACUGGAAGAUAUCCAGUGCUUAACGGUAUCUCAUUGCAGGAAUUGAAUCUUCCAGCAGUUGGGCAGCCUCCAUCGCAAGCCUCUUCUUCAAGUCUACCAACAUCGAAACCAAGUCUCCUGCAACAGCCCACCGCACAACUGGCCAAUACUACAGCUGACAUGUCCUCCCAGAGUUACGAUCCUUCUCUGCUUUACAAAGGUCUUGACUUCACUGCAAACGGGAAAUUACCUAGCAAGCCUAUGGUUGUUAUGGACGUGGACAGACCUGGACUGAAGACAAGUUUGGUGGAUGCCAGCUCUAUGGUUACAGGAGAGACUGGUGCAAGAACAGAGAAAAGUGUCAGAUCAUCUCAUCCAUAUUCUCAGUUUUCUCAGCUGCAACUGGGUGAUGUUUCCAACGAUCCGAAUGAGACAGCAGACUCUCACAGCUUCGUCUUUAGUCCUAGUGAAGAGAAGCCAAAACUACAGGAAGAGCAAGCACAAAUGCCAUCCAUAUCUGAGUAUGCUCGUAAGAAUGGUGGUGCUUCAUCUCCAUUAAGAAACUACAAGCCUGAUUCUGCCGCACAAGGAAGAAGAGACGCUACUGAGCCAAUUGAACAAUCCGCUGCGUUUGGUGACGAGCUUAAGGAACAACUAGAAGGCAACGAAACUCAAGAAUCUCUUAACUUCCAGUUCAAGGUUCCUACGGAUACAUCACAAGCACCCCAGAGAGUUGUCACUCCCCCUCCAGCUGAUGAUGGUAUUGAAGAAGUGUACGAAGAGGUCACACCGGAACAGCCACGGAAAUACCGUAUGCCUUCGAUUCCUGGUGGAUUCCCAGCAGAAGAAGCACCCCGUGAGGCCCAUGAAGAUGAGAUAGAGACUUCCCGGGCGGUUUCAGAGUCCACCAAUGUCCCAGAUAACGGUAUUAAUAGUUCCAUCAAGGAGAUUGAAGACUUCAUGGAAAGCCAACUUACGACUAGCUCGAGCAGGAAGGCCUCCGCCGUGCCAAAGCCCCAGCCUAUCCGAGACGAUAACGAGAGCGAAUUGUCAUAUGAUGAUCAACUGGGUAUAGAUUCGCUCAAGAGUCCAAUGUUAGAUGGCCUCGACACUCCUUUAACAGAAACCCAAUCUCACAAGGGAGACUCGAAAGUUUUAGUGGAUCCUGAGAUUGAGGACAUGCUCGAUGAAGUUGGUUAUGACGUUCUUGAUAACUCUGAAACAUUUGUGAAGAAACUCAACACCGAGCUCAACCAAAUCAAGAGAAGGAAUAUUGAGGAAUUAACAUCGCUUGAUUUUGGCAAAGACAGUCUUUCUAACGAGGUUGAGAAUGCUUCUGGUGAGGUGGAGAAUCUAAUUGGCAUCUUCAAGAAGAUGGAAGUUGGUUUCGAUCUUCUUGCUCCGCGUAUCAAUCUCUUGGAGAAUAACUCUCAAGGUCUUCAGGUUAAGUCCAUUAAUAAAAAGAUCUUAUUUAACGACUUGAAUGAGAUCUUGAACAAGGUUAGGGUUAAUCCAGCGGACUUACAACUUAUAUCGACUUACCAUGACUUCGAGAACCUUCAUUCCAUUCCAACUUUGGAAAGAAAGUUGGCAGGUCUUUAUGAAGCCUUGGGAGCCAUUGGAAGCAGCAAUGCUGGUGAUGACUUGAGUUCAAUGCAAGCACUUAAGCAGUUCCAAGAGAAAUACCAGAAUACUUCAGCGGUAUUUGUGCAGCAUUUUAAGGAAUUCUUGGAGCAAGAACUAGUUGUCACUAUUAAUGGCUUGACAAAAGACAUUACCAACCUAUUCCCAAGGAAUUUACUUGUUUCUUUUAAAGUGUUCUUGGCUUACACUGGUAUCACGAGUUUUGUGAAAUGUGUAUCUGAGAAGGAGAUGCGUCUCAUUAGCGAGAACUCGAAUGGAUAUCUUGCAAACUUCUUGGACAGAUAUUUGAGUGAACGAUUGAAGCACUUACAGGCCGCUGCCAAUGAGACUGUUUCCAAGCGUGUGUCUGGUGGUGUGGAGACAGUUUCUGCUCUCCGUAAAUCGAAGCUGUCAAGAUUUGGCUCUCAACGGUUGAUCCAUCGUUUGGGUGGCCAUUCUGAUGAACAGGAGAAAAAGAAGGAGUUGACUCAAACAAUCCAGUCGAACUCGAAGUCGCUUGGUGAUCCUAAGAUAAUCAUGCGUAUGGUUCACGAGACUCAAGAGUUGAUCCUAGUCAUCCAGUUCUUCGUUGGUACUAUUUUCCAUCAUUGCUCUGUUGAGGACUUCACUGAUUUCAUCAAGACUAACUCCUUCAAGGAUAGAGUUGAACUCUUUGAUAACCCAGACCUUGAGCUGGUGAACUACAAGACAAGCUCCAAUGACUUGCUCCGCUCCAUGACCACUAUUUUUGGAAACUAUAUCUCAAGACUCAUUAAAAGGCUCACUCCAAAGGAGAUGAUCUUGCCCCAGUUACUUGUCGAAUUAACCAGGUUGAUUAAAAACAGCGGCGAAAAGGAUCAGGACUUCGUCUGUUUCAGUUUCUUAACCAAAAUUUCUGACAGAUAUAAGACCAUGUGGAAGAGAUUCAUUACUGGUCAAGUUGACUUGUUGAAUAAGUCUGAUGUGCGUGCCAGAGUCGGUGUUUUGCCAGCUAUCAAGAACCUUAAUGAGAUCAUCUUCACAACUGAACUGUCAUUACAAGAGGCUGGUGGUCACAGGGAUACUGCUGCAUUGACCGAAGUUGAAGAUAUGGUCAAGGAGUCUUACAAUGAGCUCACAGCUGCUGCGGUUGAGUUAUUCGAAAGGGACGAUCCACUUCUCAAGUCUAACGCUCAUGACGAAAAGGAAAGAGCUCAUCGUAACGUUUCUAUCCUUCAGAACAUUUUCCUGGUUACCCUGCAAUUGAGCGAUUUGAGAACUCAGAACACUCAGCAUAUGAAGAAAGAAUUGGAUGUUGUAUUUGGUCAGACCCAAAAGCAUUACUUCGACUACCUUCUUCACAAGAAUAUUGGUAAGAUCAUUGAUUUCAAUAAUGCAGUUGAAAACAGGGACGGUACUUCGAAGCAUAAGAAAGACGAUAAGAUCUUCAUCAAAUCCAUUGUCUCCAGCUACACAUCUAAGGAAUUACAGCAGAAGGUCUCCGAUAUUCAUCGCAAGUUAGAGAAGCAUUUCAUCACCAACGAAGACAUGUUUGAGCAAGAAUUGGUGAAGAAGUUAUGGACUGAUAUGGAGUACGAGUUCAUCACCAUCUUCCAGAAGUUUGACAGAGAAAUUCGCCUGGUUGACCGUGACUUUGAAUUUAAUAUCACCACAACCGAGAUCCGCCGCUUAUUCGCUUCCGUCUAA